ACACCAAUCCACUCUUCCCCUUUUUUCUCCACUCCCCUCUGCUGUCCCCACCCCAGAUUCCCGUGCAAUUUUCCCCAAUCCCAAACACUUAAUUGAGCAAUUGGGAUUCCUCACGUGUGGGCUGAUUUGUAGUUUGAACACGUGGCUCAUUCAAAAAAGCCGGAAUAGCGGAGGAUUUUUUUCUCCCCCCUUCUUCUUCUUCUUAUUCUAGGCUCUAGACUUAGAGGCGGGCGCCAGCCUUACCGUGUGUGACAUUCUCUGUCUCUUUGCCAAGGGGUUUGGAGGAAGACACAAAGUAGUUUCUCCUCCUUUUCACCCAGCCCGCCAUCGUUUGGAGACACCAGAUUAAUAAUUGAGCAUUUAUUUAUUGCGCGAUAGAGACAGAGGGGCGAGUGAGAGCGAACGCACUGUGAGGCUGCCAGUUUAAAUCUAUCUGUGGCUUGAACGACCGGGAAGCACGCCACAGCCACUCCGUAGUAGUAAAGGCGAUUUAGGCUACUCCAAACACUGCACGUCCGUGAGUGCAACUAACUAUCUCUCCCUCAGCGUAAAGAUUGUCCCUUUUCGGCGCACAACAUGAAUAAGCUAUACAUUGGCAACGUGAGCGCCGAGGCGAGCGAGGAGGACUUCGAAACUGUCUUUGAGCAGUGGAAGAUUCCGCACAGUGGUCCAUUUCUUGUCAAAACUGGCUAUGCGUUUGUGGAUUGCCCGGACGAGAAGGCUGCAAUGAAGGCCAUCGAUAUUCUAUCAGGUAAAGUUGAACUUCAUGGGAAACUUAUCGAAGUGGACUACUCUGUCCCUAAACGUCUAAGGAGCUGUAAGCUGCAGAUCAGGAACAUCCCGCCUCACAUGCAGUGGGAGGUUUUGGAUGGUAUGCUUGCUCAGUAUGGGACAGUAGAGAGCUGUGAACAAGUAAACACUGACACAGAGACUGCAGUAGUCAAUGUUCGAUAUGCAGCCAAGGACCAGGCCAGGCUGUCGAUGGAGAAGCUUAAUGGAUCUAUGAUGGAGAACUAUGCCUUGAAAGUAUCUUAUAUCCCAGAUGAGACCGCUGUCCAAGAAGGUCCUUCAGCAGGAGGCAGGAGAGGCUUUAACGCUCGUGGACCCCCUCGUUCUGGUUCUCCAGGUCUGGGAGCCCGGCCCAAAGUGCAGUCAGACAUCCCGCUGCGCAUGCUUGUUCCCACGCAGUUUGUGGGGGCAAUCAUCGGCAAGGAGGGCGCCACAAUCCGCAACAUCACCAAACAGACCCACUCAAAGAUCGACAUCCAUAGGAAAGAGAACGCUGGCGCAGCAGAGAAGCCCAUCACGAUUCACUCGACCCCUGAAGGCUGUUCGAGCGCUUGUACGACCAUCAUGGAGAUCAUGCAGAAGGAGGCCGUCGACACAAAGUUUACUGAGGAGAUCCCACUGAAGAUACUUGCACACAACAACUUCGUCGGAAGAUUAAUUGGGAAGGAAGGACGCAACCUGAAGAAAAUCGAGCUGGAUACGGGAUGCAAGAUCACAAUUUCACCUCUGCAGGACUUGACUCUGUACAACCCUGAGCGGACCAUCACAUUGAAGGGCUCCAUCGAGGCGUGCUCAAGAGCCGAGGAGGAGGUGAUGAAGAAGAUCAGGGAAUCGUAUGAUAGUGACAUGGCUGCUAUGAACCUCCAGUCCAACCUGAUCCCCGGCUUGAAUCUGAACGCUCUAGGUUUGUUUCCUGGUGGAGGACCAGGCAUGGGUCCAUCAAUGCCCAGCGUCCCACCUCCUGGAGCCCACGGUGGAUGCCCGUCAUUUGGAUGCAGUCCUUAUGGGGGCGAGGGGCCAUUUUGGGCUUCUAUGCUGUCGGCGAGCAGCCAGCCCCUCGCUCAGGGACAACCGGAGUCGGAGACGGUUCACCUUUUCAUCCCGGCCCUCGCGGUAGGAGCCAUCAUCGGAAAACAGGGUCAACACAUCAAACAGCUAUCACACUUUGCCGGAGCCUCAAUCAAAAUUGCCCCUGCAGAAGGACUGGAUCCCAAACAGAGGAUGGUUAUCAUCGUGGGUCCACCAGAGGCUCAGUUUAAGGCUCAGUGUCGCCUCUUUGGCAAGCUGAAAGAGGAGAAUUUCUUUGGACCCAAGGAGGAGGUGAAGCUGGAGGCGCACAUCAAGGUUCCCUCCUUCGCUGCUGGACGAGUCAUCGGGAAAGGAGGAAAAACGGUAAAUGAGCUUCAGAACCUGACUUGUGCAGAAGUGGUGGUGCCCAGAGACCAGACGCCCGAUGAGAACGACCAAGUUAUAGUAAAGAUCAGUGGACACUUCUUUGCAUGCCAGUUGGCCCAGAGGAAGAUUCAGGAGAUCCUGGCUCAGGUGAGAAGGCAGCAGCAGCCCAAGCCUUCAUCUGGAGCCCAAACUCCAAUCCCCCGCAGGAAGUAAGGAUCCAGCGGACCUGGAGGAACGGUGACCGAAUCUGCCAGAAGCCUCGACAGAUUGGACAGAUGCAGCGGAGUCCAAGGGGGGAGAACGAGAAGACGACAAGGGGUUGUGUAGCGCUCAUCUCAGGGGUCAAAGGUUAUCGGAAACCCAACCAAACACCCGCCCCUCUUUGUCGUAUAUGAAGAACUUUCAAGUGGGGCUGAUAAGAGACCCUAGGCCUCUAAGCCCUCCGCCCCACCUCACCUCUCUGCAUCUCUGUGAGAAUGUACUUCUGAGGGCUCCCAACAACGUCACCCGCCCUCACACAUACACACCCCUCGACCGCUCUCCUCUCCCCUCCACCACGGGUGUGUUCAAUUAAUUUUUGUCCUCUUUUGACACUACAAACAGAAGAAAUAAGGAUCCCCCCCCCCCCCC